UCUAAGUCAUUUUGCUAAGAAUCUAGUCUAGCAUUAACGAUAUCUCACUUAAUUAAUACGGUAAUACUGUAAUGUUGACAAAAAAUUGAUGUAAUUUCUGUGUAAAAGUUAAACUUAGUUGUUUUGUUUACAUGUUUAGUCCAUGCUGCUUGCUGUAAUGACUUUUCAGUACGGUACCAAAUGAUGCUUAGAAUCCCGAUUGUGAGACUCAUACGGCUGGAAGACAUGGGAUACCAGCAAACUUCGGUUAAUGUGAACACUAAGAAUUAUGAUGAGCCAGAAGUAUUCAAAAAGAGUUGCAUCAAAGAAGAGUAUUCCACAACUGAUCAGGAAUUUAGAGUAAAAAUUGAAGCAACUGACGACACCAAAGAUCCUCUUCUGCUAAAUAAAGAAAACAUCGAUGCAGACAGUAAAUGCAAACCACUAGUUUCUGUGACGAUGCCAAUCAGUGUAAAACGUGAGCAUGAAUCAUAUCCAUCAAUCGAGAAUGUUGAAUCGUCAUCGAAUUUCCUUCAAAUCGACACAGUGCAGGGACAUUCAGAUCGCAGUAUUUGUGACUCAGAAGAAGGAAAUUCGAAAAGAGUACAAUACGAGGAGAAGCAAUUUGAAUGUGAUUUAUGUGACAAAGUUUUUUCCCAAAAUAGCCUGUUAAAUGACCAUAUUAACAUUCAUAGUGGGAAGAAAGGUUUGAAAUGUGAGUUCUGUGACAAAAGUUUCUCUCGAAGGAGCAGUUUGAAGGGCCAUGUCAAAAUUCACACUGGAGAUUCCCCGUUUCUGAGUGAAAAUUGUGAUAGAAGGUCUCCACCAAAAAGCCGUUUGAAAAAUCGAAAACCUUUGUCUCGAAAGAACAGUUUGAAGGGCCCUGUUAUGAAACACACUAAAGAAUUUCCGUUUCAAAAAGAAAAUUUUGACAAAAUGUCUUUGAAUAGUGGUUUAGAAAAUCAUGCUAGGAGUAAAACUUUCAAAUGUGAGUUUUGUAACAAAAUUCUAUCAAUUAAAGGUAAGAAGUUGCAUAUCAUGAUUCAUACUGGUGAAAGACCAUUCCAAUGUGAACAUUGCUCGAAAUGUUUUUUACGAAAGAGCCAUCUGUUUGGACAUAUUAGGAUACACACUGGUGAAAAGCCAAUUCAAUGUCAGUGCUGUGCUAGAAGAUUCAGAUUAGAUUCAGCCCUUCGUAAGCAUAUGAGAAUCCACACUGGAGAAAGGCCUUUUGAAUGUGAGUUUUGCGAUUAUAGUUUUUCUCAAAAAAUAGUCUGCAAAAACAUAUUCUUACUCACACUAAAGAAAAACCCUUUAAAUGUGAAUUUUGUGAGAAAUGUUUUUCGCGUAAAACUCAUUUGAGAGACCAUAUUAGAAUACACACUGGAGAAAAGCCUUACAAAUGUGAUACUUGUGAAAGGAGAUUCACAACACAAACAACUUUGCUCAUCCAUGUUAGAGGUCAUACUGGCGAAAAGCCUUACAGGUGUGAUUUCUGUGACAAAUGCUUUAUUCAGAAGCCUGCUUUGAAUUUCCACAUUAUGACUCACACUAAAGAAAAACCAACCCCGUGUGGAAUCUGUCACAAAAGAUUCUUCUCCAAAUGGAAUUUGGAAAAUCAUAUGGUUAAAGCCCAUAGCGAAGAUUAGUAGCCUUAUUGCAAAGAUGAAUAUUUUAACACACACUAAUUAUAUUUGUUUCGCAAUAUUAUAAUCGCAAGUAUACGAUUGUGAGUGUGCUGCGGAUCGCUAGGGCAGUUGAUACUGUGUGUCUCUUCACCCCGCCUUCAUACAGUGUGAUUUCGGCUGAUGAAUUUUUACAGCUACCGAAAAUCACUCGUAUAUUUAUUACUCCAUAUUUAUUUAUUGCUAUUUAUUUAUUUAUUGCUAUGAUGACUGCCAAUACUAGCAUGUUGAGUUCGAGUUGAAUAUUGAAAAAGCACAUUUUGGACCAUUUAUAUGCUAACACUUCGUUCAACGCUAAACCACGUUUACGUGUAGAUAUGUGGAAAAGCCACUCUACUCACUGCAAUGUAAAAGCCACUCUACUCACUGCAGGACUUUUACAGUGAACCUCUUUUUGGGAGUCAAGCACCUCCACAGCGUGAAUGACCAUUUAGGUUAUUUUAUUGAGAAUUCCGACACUGCCUAUCUGGAAUCCCCAGUCAUUGGAAACGACCUCAAAUAUCAAGUGGUUACAUUUAUCGUAAUGUUUUUAAUACGGUGUUUAAACUAACAUUUCUUCGUUUAAACCAAGUUCCUGCAAACGGGCCUUAGUCACAGCUAUCUAUCUGUAGUCUCGUCCGUUUGAAGUAUAGUGCUGUUUAGCUUUUCCGUGUCAUGAACAACAAUUGUUCACGUUGAUAAUUCCAAACCACGACACGCAUAACAUGCCAUACGGGUAAAGUGUGUGUGUACAAGAGACCUAGAAAUGGUACACAUAUGUUGUGAGUUGUAUACGAGGAUACUUGCAUGUGUUUCUGCGGUACAGUGUGUGUGAAUGUAUUUCAAUAAAUUACUGUAAUUAAACA